AUGCUACAGCUUUAUUCCUCUCAAUGCAGUAGGAUAGCAACACAAGUACUCAGUUUCCAAGCAUCAGUCCAAGCGACUUUAAGAAGGCCAUGGAAAACGUUUAGGGACGGCACCUUAUACUACGGGCAAUUGAAAUCUGGAUCAAAGAGACACCCGUUAACUACGAAACAAGGAAACAAACAUUACUAUAAAGGUACAGGUUCAACUGGUAUAGGUCAUUUAGAUAGCCGUGGUAGGUAUCACAUAGAUUGGAACAAAGUCAGGACUUAUGUAGUUCCAAGUGGACUAAAUACGACGAAGUUGAAGGCAUUGGUCUCACCCAACUCGCCUCAAUUUAUUCAAAAAGUAGAGGGAUACGAUGAUAGCUUCAAAAGUCCCGAGCUAGCUUUGCACAAUGCUAUCAACUUCAUAGAAAAUGGUUCCAAUUAUAAUCAACUUGAUUUAGAAAAGGAAGGGUAUAUAGAGAGAAUUGUGCGCCCCAAAUCAAAGACAGAUGGGGAGAGCACGGAAGAGAAUGGCGAAAAACAAUAG